AUGGACACGCCGGAAUGGUCCAACAAGGAUGGCAAAAAUUGUGCUCAAAUCGACGAGUGCAACGACGAGGAGUUCAAUUUCUUAUCCUCCAACUUGGCCUGCUGCCAUUGCGGUGGAGGCCAUCGCGAGGCCACGCGCUUCCAAUACCACAUGCGGACCUUGGUGUUGGGUGAGUCCGUCUCCGGGACGCUCGGCAGGCCCAUCCCGCGCACGGCAGAACACUUCUCUGUUGAUGCCGAGUGCAAGCUCUUGGACUUCAACCUCACUCUGGACGCGAAGACUGGCGAGGUGAAGUUAAAGGAGAACUGCGAGACAGUUGGUUGUGGUGCUGACCGGCCUGAACCUUUCAGUUUUCAGUGCACGGUGACCGCCCACCAAAGUGCUGAGCUCAACUUCUCUGCCCUGCUCAUCGUGGAGGCUGAGAAGUUCGUUUAUGGCGACAACAACGUGUUGGUGCUGGAACAUGAGGCACCGGAGGAGAUUUUCAGCCCGAGCAUUGCGGACGAAGUCGACACCUUUGCCAUGGCGUGCCUUCCAGACAUGGACUUUAGUAGCUGGUUGCACCUGGACGCCGCCAAUGGUGACAUCACAAUGACCCCCAACAAAGCCCCGAAGGGCAACUUCGGCUUGACGAACCUGCAAGGACCAGGUUUGAACCUCCACCAAGGCAAUGGUGUGCUGUGCCAAGUCACAGCGACUAGAAACAUGAGCAGCCUCAAGACGAUUGUGCACGUACUGGUUCCAUCCGCCUGGAAAGAGGUGAAUUGGACAAUCCCUGAGAUCAAUCACACACUUGGUGAGUUAUCGCCUCCAAUCUCACCGAAAGAUUCUUUACCACGGAACUGGAGCACAGCGCCCGACAGCUUCAGCGCGUCUUGCGCUUCCGAUGCAGACGAAGCAGUCUUCAGCUUUGAUGUUCUCACCGGCCAGGCUACGUUGGAUGGUCAUGAAGUGUUUGUGAUGGAUGUCUCAACAGGUAUCAUUGUGGUGACGGCUGACGUCGGCCUUGCUUUCCUUUUGGAUGCACAGGAAAAGAAUCGCCACAGCAUCAAUGUGACGUGCGCUGUCUUUGCACACUAUGACUGGCUAGUUACCCAACGUUUCAUGGUGGGCGGAGUUCUUUCGAUCCAGCUCCAAGACAAUGUCUGUUGGAAUGAUUGGACGCAUGAAUCCACCACGAGCUUCUGGCGAAAUGCAGAAAAAGUGACGCUGAAGGAGGGCACCGGCUGCAAAUCUUUGUGCCGUUCGCGAGCCGACUGCUCGCACUUCGCGGCCACGGCGGGUUCUUGCACCUUUCUAAGUGCUCGCUGUUCCUUGCCAGAUCCGCACAACAUUGGGUAUUGCCAAGAGUACAAAGCCGUCACAGAGAAGAUAUUGAAUUGCUCCAAGGGCUCCACGUGCAUAGAAUUCCACAAUCCUGGUUCCCAUUUCUUUGCUGGUACAUACUGCCCCUUUAGCAGCGAUGCAGAGGGCAACAUGGUCUACAAGCGAGACGGCAUCACAGCACAGGACACUCAGUACCUGGCGACAUACAGAGCGAUGACGGACGCAAUCGCAUGUGAUGAAGGGGACCUGGUGCUGAAGCGUCCGAGUCCUGAUGACAUCAUGAGCAGCAUCGACAAUGCGUCACAACCUCAAGCAGAGCUGCAUGGCGAGAGGACAUGCGACGCUCCCAAUCUGUCGACAGUGCUUGAGUCGGAUCCAGCAGGUGCAGAUGAGGCAUCAGCUGUUGUUCUGGAUGACUUGUCCACAGCGGAGCCUGCAGACCACUGGCUGCAUCCUUGUGAAUGUGCUCCAACAGCUCCCAACCAAACCACAAAGCCCCGCUUCCAGUCUCGCGUCCUCAUCGUAGAGGGCUCCUUCGUAUGCGAGCAAAAGAACUUGACAAAGGUCGUACGCAUCGACGAGGACUCGGAGGCUCCGGACAACACUUGUGAUGUGCUUUGCCAGAGCACGCCGAGCUGCAAGUUCUUGUGGACCGGGACAGCUGGAGGGCAAAGCCAGUGCAGGCUCUACACAGCAUGCACCGUUCUGGUGCGGGAACUCGAGGCGGAAGGACAUCUUUAUGGUGUACCAGAGCCGCAGGAAGUCUGUGAGCGAGCUGAUCCAGAUGCCUGCUGGCAUGCCACAAUUCGACGGCAGCUUCUUGGCGCAUCUUUUUCAGUUCACCAGGUAAUCACCGCUUCGACGGUUUCGACGGCUUCUGACAAAGGCAGCAGCCCUGUGUACUUGGAAGGUCCUUUCACAAGCAGAAGUGACGCUGGCAAAGCGUGCGGGAAGAACGGUGGCGACAUCCUCUGCACCUCCUUCGAUGUCUUUGGCCUACGUGGGCCCGUUGGAUGGGUCCGAGACGAUACCUGUGGCAACUGGCUGCAAAACGGCUUCAAUGACACUACCGAGCUUUCGUGUAAGACAGGCGUAGGUGCUUAUUGUUGUGGAUCCUGUUCGUUGAGAGUUCAACUUGACGAUGAAAGCUGGGAGACCUUGAGCUCCGGCUCCUAUGCCCAAUUUCCAUCGAACAACCGGCGGAUCAAAGACUUGGGGGUGAGAGGCGGGCCCCUUUGCAGAGUGAGGGCCUUCACAGCGCCAUCAUUCACGGGAGCCAGCUACCACAUCGCGGUGGGAAGCACGUUGGAUCUCACGGAGUUGGCGAGCAUCGCUUCAGUGGAGGUGUUGGACGACUUGUCUUGCGCUGUGCCCGCAUGGCGACGCAAGCCCGUUUCAUUGACGACGCUGCAGUGUCGACAGCAAGGCCUCUUCGUAGGUCCAUGA